UCAGGGGUUAGGCCGCUAUAUGUAUUGUUACCGUCAUACUGUUUCUCACUUUGUGCUGGUAUAGAAAUUGUAACUUUCAAAUAUUUUGCGUCAUCAACACGCUAAGCUCAAUAUGGCCAACGCCGUACAUGGUGUUAUGGAGUUUUUCUCAACUGCUGCUCAGCCGACUGUUUUGAUAUUCGUAGCAGUGUUGUUGUUAAGUCUGUGGAUGCUGUCGUUGAGGAAUCCUCGGGUGAAAUGGCCGCCCGGACCUGUCUGUUUCCCCGUGGUGGGAUGUCUCCCACAAAUGAUGAUCAGCGGUAGGAGACGACAACCUACGGAUCUUCUUCCAUGGUAUGAUACAUACGGAGACAUCAUGCACGUUAAAUUUGGUGAACAGCACAUGAUAAUGCUGGGGACUUAUGAGCUGAUCCAAGAGGCUUUCGUGAAGAACGCAGAUACUGUCAGCGCCAGACCUACUUGGAUCUAUUUCUUAAGACAAAUAGUUGGAAAAGACGGAGCUGGAGUUUUAUUUAAAUCCGGGAAGGCAUGGAAGGAACUGAGGAGAUUCACGCUCUCGUCUCUUCGAGAUCUCGGCCUCGGAAGAAAAAGUUUACAAGAAAGAAUUCAGGAUGAGGCAAGAUAUUUGGUGCAAAACAUUGAAAAUGAAAAUGGAAAGGCUUUCUCUCCCAGAGAAAGGAUUGGAAAAGCUGUCAGCAACAUCAUUUCUAUCGUUGUAUUUGGAACAAGAUAUGACUAUAAUGACACCCCAGAAAUGCUGCCAGUUCUAGAGGAGGUACUGCGACUUGGCGAAGGGCCAGUCUUACUUACCAACUUGGCACGGUUCAUAAUGCCGAUGAAGAAGAUGAUCGCCCUUGUGGACAAGCUAUAUAGUUUGAUACGACAAGAAGUCGAAAAACACCGCCAGUCCUUUGAUCCAACUGACAUCCGGGACUUCAUUGACCUCUUCAUAAAGGUCACACAAGAGGAGGAAGAUCCCGAGGUCUACACAGAAUGGAACGUAUUUCGCAUCAUCGUUGAUCUCUAUUUGGCUGGCACCGACACAACAGCUAAUACUUUGAGAUGGUCCCUGGUUCAUAUGGUAAAUCAUCCGGACGCUCAGAAGAGGGUGCAACGGGAAAUUGAUCAGGUCAUAGGUCAAGGUCGUGUUGCCAAGAUGGAAGACAAGGCCAGGAUGCCAUUCACGGAAGCAACCAUACUGGAGGUCUUUCGUUUGUCCACCGUUGGAGCUGGAGUCAUUUUAAAAACCGGGCACGCAUGGAAGGAACUGAGGAGAUUCACGCUCUCGUCUCUUCGAGAUCUCGGCCUCGGAAGAAAAAGUUUACAAGAAAGAAUUCAGGAUGAGGCUCGAUACUUGGUACAAAACAUUGAAGAUGAAAAUGGAAAGGCUUUCUCUCCCAGGGACAGGAUCGGAAAAGCUGUCAGCAACAUUAUUUCUAUCGUUGUAUUUGGAACAAGAUAUGACUAUAAUGACACCCCAGAAAUGCUGCCAGUUUUAGAGGAGGCACUGCGACUUGGCGAAGGGCCACUCUCCCUUACCAACUUGGCACGGUUCAUCAUGCCGAUGAAGAAGAUUAUGUCCCUUGUGGACAAGCUAUAUAGUUUGAUACGACAAGAAGUCGAAAAACACCGCCAGUCCUUUGAUCCAAAAGACAUCCGGGACUUCAUUGACCUCUUCAUAAAGGUUACCCAGGAGGAGGAAGAUCCCGAGGUCUACACAGAAUGGAACGUAUUUCGCAUCAUCGUUGAUCUCUAUUUGGCUGGCACCGACACAACAGCUAAUACUUUGAGAUGGUCCCUGGUUCAUAUGGUAAAUCAUCCGGACGCUCAGAAGAGGGUGCAACAGGAAAUUGAUCAGGUCAUAGGUCAAGGUCGUGUUGCCAAGAUGGAGGACAAGGCCAGGAUGCCAUUCACGGAAGCAACCGUACUGGAGGUCUUUCGUUUGUCCACCGUUGUCCCUCUUGGAGUGCCCCAUGCCACCAGUGAAACAACCAACUUGGCAGGAUACACCAUUCCCAAGGGAACGGUGAUACUGGGAGAUUUGUACCGGGUUCUCCACGAUGAGAAUAACUUCGAAGAUGCUUACAAGUUCAAACCAGAAAGAUGGCUGGAUGUCGACGGUAAAGUGGUCAAGUCGGACAAACUGAUACCAUUUUCUAUGGGACCCCGUAUUUGCCUGGGCAAGGGACUGGCGGAAAUGGAAUCGUUCAUUUUCUUCACGACGUUGCUUCAGAAUUUUACCUUCAAGGUAACAGAAGGCGAAAAACCACCCGAUGGAGUGGAAGGCCUCAACACGUUCACUUUCACGCCAUACCCCUACAACGUGUGCGCUGUUAGACGCUAGAACGGAGAUACACUGUCCCUUACUAUGAAUGUACCGGUUACUACUUGUAUAUGGACAACAUUAUCUGUAUAAAUACAUCAGAUAAUCCGAGUCUGACACGUGACUGUCAGACUGACGGUAUCUAAACUAAAAUACUUCGCUUAGUCUCGAAAUGGUUUCCGUGCUUUUCCUCGUGGCCAAAAACGUUUUUAAUGUAUCGCUUUAAAGAACGUCGUGCAGUUGUUUGAGUGUUUAAAGUAUAAAUUGAUAGAUUGGUGCUUUGAAAACCGUAGUUACGUGCAUUGAGGCAGAUGAAGAUCCUUUUCUGCAAUAAGCCUGAAAAGAUUAUUCUUCUAAUAAGGCGGGGAAAGUUUGAUUGCUCCAAGAACUGUACACGUUACAAGUAAUAGUGCUCAUGCCAACUAGUGUACAGAGGUAUACAGUGUACAUACGUAUGAGUAUCGUAUG